UUUCAUUUAUUUUUUUCCCUCUCUUCUCAUUCUCGUCUCGUCUCUCUGAAAGCGCAAACCGUGACUGCCAGCCAUUGGAGUGAGUCUCUCGACGAACUUUCUUCUCCUCUUAGCACGAAAUUUGUCUACGAACUCUCUUUUCUUCAUAAAGAACAGAGAAACUCAAUAUAUGCACGUGCUCCAUAAAACAAAGGAAAUAGCCUGGUGGUGUCUUUUCCUUACAGUGUUACACACAUCCUUGUCUUUUCGUUUAAUUCGAAUAUAUAUAUAUAUAUUGAUCAACAAACGGGAAAAAAAACUUGUACAAGCCCAAAUGAAAUAAACCGCCUUUGCUUUGGAUUGGUUUUGGAAGCCAGAGUGAGUCAAUUAUAGUUGGUCAAAGUUAUGAAUCUCAAAGGAGAUAAAUUUGUCAGGUUUCAGGAUUGGAGAUCAGAGAAAUCCUUCAGUUCAGAGCAGGGAUGCUCCAUUGAAGAUGGAUUUUAUGCAAGAAAAGUCAAACCAACUUUCAAUGCAGUUUGGGAUAAUAUCCGAAGAGGGUGGGAGAUGGGUUCGGAGAGGAUUAGAAGCCUAAAGAAACCAUUGAGAUUCUAUCCUAGGGGUGCUCGCUCAGUGAAAGAACAAGGACCUAAGAAGAAGAUUCUUGAUCCACAAGGUUCAUUUCUCCAGAAUUGGAACAAAAUAUUUAUGCUUGUUUGCGUGCUUGCAGUGGCUAUAGACCCCUUAUUCUUUUACAUCCCAUGGGUUAAUGGCACUGACAAAGACAAAUGCCUUGAUCUGGACUAUAAGAUGGAAGCUGCUGCUUGUGUUCUUCGUACAUUCAUUGAUGUCGUAUACAUACUUCGCAUAGCCUUCCAAUUCCGCACUGGGUUCAUAGCCCCUUCUUCUCGUGUAUUUGGGAGGGGCGAGUUGGUUGAGGAUCCUAAAGUUAUCGCCAAAAAAUACCUUACCUCUCACUUUAUCGUUGAUAUUCUAGCAAUCCUUCCACUUCCUCAGGUAGUGGUUAUAAUCAUCCUUCCAUCAGUUGAUGGUCCGGUUUCAUUGGCUGCGAAGAACUUGCUUGAGAUUGUAAUUUUCUCCCAAUACAUACCAAGAUUUGUUCGAAUCUAUCCAUUGUUCAAAGAAAUAACUAGAACUUCUGGCAUACUUACUGAAACAGCAUGGGCGGGAGCUGUUUUCAACCUCUUUCUCUACAUGCUAGCCAGUCAUAUAAUUGGAGCCUUUUGGUACUUGUUCUCAAUCGAACGAGAAGAUUCAUGCUGGCGUGAAGUGUGUAAGGACCGAGCAGGGUGUGAUUCUACGUACUGGUAUUGUGGAAAUCAUCGUCCAGAAAACUACACAUUCCUGACUGAAUCAUGCCCUUUUAUCCAACCUGAUCAAAUUCAAAACUCAUCGGUCUUCAACUUUGGUAUAUUUAUUGAUGCUCUUGAUUCUGGAGUGGUGGAAUCAACUUAUUUUCCGCGGAAAUUCUUUUACUGCUUUUGGUGGGGUUUGCGCAAUCUCAGCUCUCUUGGACAAAACCUUAAAACAAGCACCUUCAUUGGAGAGAUUCUCUUUGCCAUCUUCAUAUCCAUCACUGGAUUGGUUUUGUUUGCACUGCUUAUUGGUAAUAUGCAGAAAUAUCUCGAAUCCACAACUGUUAGAAUAGAGGAAAUGAGAGUGAAAAGGAGGGAUUCAGAGCAGUGGAUGUCCCACCGAAUGCUCCCUGAUAACCUGAAGGAACGAAUUAGGCGGCAUGAACAGUACAAAUGGCAAGAAACCAGAGGAGUGGAAGAGCGGGGGCUAAUUCGUAAUCUUCCUAAAGAUCUCAGGAGGGACAUAAACCGCCAUCUUUGCUUGGAUCUGAUCAAGAAAGUGCCAAUAUUUGAAAAAAUGGAUGAGCACAUAUUGGAUGCAGUAUGCGAUCGUCUCAAGGCAACUCUUUACACCAAGGAUAGCUACAUUGUUCGAGAAGGGGACCCAGUUGACGAGAUGCUAUUUAUCAUGCGAGGUACUCUUUUAAGUGUGACCACUAAUGGUGGAAGAACUGGUUUUUUCAAUGCUGUCUCUCUCAAGGCUGGUGACUUCUGUGGAGAAGGGCUUCUUACAUGGGCCCUAGAUCCCCAAUCCUCCAACCUCCCUAUCUCAACUAGAACAGUACAAGCUCUGUCAGAGGUUGAGGCCUUUGCUUUGGAAGCUGAAGACUUGAAGACUGUAGCUUCCCAGUUUCGCCGAUUACAUCACAAGGAUAUCCAGCACACAUUCAGGUUGUUCUCAGUGCAGUGGAGGACGUGGGCAGCAUGCUUCAUACAGGCAGCUUGGCAUCGUCACUGUAGGAGGAAGCAGGCUAAAAGCUUACGUCAAGCAGAAGAAAAACUGCAAGAUGCUUUGGCAAACGAGGCCAGUACUUCGCCAAGCCUUGAUGUUGCCAUUUAUGCAUCACAGUUUGCUGCCAACGCAUUAAGAAAUCUGCGGCAGAAUGGCACACACGCAGCUAGAUUGCCGCAGAGAUUGUCAUUUCUGCCUCAAAAACCAACAGAGCCGGACUUUUCCGCUCAAAAUCACAAGUAACAGAACAGUUCAAGUGACUCUAUCCUAGUUUUGCCUCGUAUUUGCAAGCUCAAACGCCAGAGGUCUAGGUGUAAAUUUGUAUAUAAUAAUGGUUUGAGCAUUUAGUGUUCUGUGAUUUUGACUGUAAUCAUUUUUGUACUUGCCCUGACAGGCUUGAAAAACGUACGCAGGGAUAUAUAUAUAUAUAUAUAUAUAUAUAUCAUCACUAUCACUACCACUAUAUUAUAUUAUAAUGAUGAUUUUUAGUCUUCUUUUUGUA